GUGAAAGAAUUAUGGAUCCCAUAUAAAAAAAACAAAAAAUAGAAGAUUCAGAUGGUGAGGAAAUAAUUUAAGAAGGAGAAGUAGAUGAAAAUUUUGAAUAAAGAGUUUAGAAAUUAUUAUAUGAAACUGACAAUGGGUUAAACUUAUACAAUAAACCUGUAAUGCCUUUGAUUUACUACGAGUUUAAUGAAGAUAUAAAAUAAUAGGCAGAGUAAGUAAUAAAUUAAGAUACAACUACAUUACCUUAAGAUAAAUAUGAAAAAUAUGAAAAAGAAGCAUCUAAAAUUUGGGAUAAAUUUUAUAGACAUCACUAAAACAAUUUUUUUAAAGACAGACAUUAUUUGGAAAGGGAAAUACCUGAAUUAAACAAUUUUAAAGAAAGUCAUUAAAAAGAUGAAACAAAAUUAUUUAUUAUAUGUGAAAUGGGAUGUGGUGUUGGAAAUGCUUUAUUUCCUUUAAAAAAAAACUAUACAUUCUUUAAAAAAGUUUAUGGUUUUGAUUUUAGUAAAAGAGCAAUUGAUGUUUUAAAAGCAAAUGAAUUAUAUGAUGAAAAUGUAUUCUAAGCUUGCGUUUGUGAUUUAGUUUUAGAUCCAUUACCUGAUUUUGAAAGACCUGAUUUAGGAACAUUAAUUUUUGUAUUAUCAGCAAUAUCUCCAGAAAAUCAUUUAAUGGUUGUUAGAAAAAUAUAUGAAUGGAUGAAACCUGGUAGUGUUCUUUAUUUUAGAGAUUAUGGAUAAUAUGAUUUUGGACAAAUAAAUUUAUCAAAAAAAAAAAAUAGAAAAUUAAAAGAUAAUUUUUAUGUUAAACAUGAUGGUGUAAGAGUUUAUUAUUUUAGUAAUUAAGUAAGUUUUUUUUAUUAUAUUAUAGGAAGUCACAUCAUUAUUUACAACAGCUGGAUUUAAAUAAUUGGAUAUUAAAGCUCAUUAUAGAUAUAUAGAAAAUAGAAAAACUAAAGUCAAAAUGUACAGAGUUUGGGUUUAGGGUAGAUAUUUUAAAGAUUGA